AGUAGAGACUCAAAAAUGAAAAUUCCCUGCAGUCCCUCCUUGUUAGCGAGGGAUUUUCCAGCAACACUGUCGAUUCUGGAAUCUGGACAAGGGAAAGAGAGAGUCUACCCUGCAAUUUUGCAGCCUUCGAAGUUCGAACCUCAAGAAAAAGUCUUCAAUGGGGGGAAGUUAUCAAUAAAAUCAAAAGUAGCAGCAGCUGGACUCGCCCACCUCGCUCCAUCUCCAGCUUUAUCCCAGACAUCGACGAUGAUGCGAAGGUGCAUUUUAGAGUUUUCUAGCAGCAGAUCUGUAAGGCGGAUCCCUAGGCAGAUUACAACCCAGAAACCAUUUUGGCUUAUUUCGAGAAAAGAAUUGUCAGUUGCAUCUCAACAAAAUGCAUCACAAAGAGCUGGUUCCGCAGGCAAACCACCUGAAUCAGGGAGUAAUAUCUCAAAAGUUGUCAUUGGAAGUAUUGCAGUUGGUGCUGUUGUCGUGGCAGCUUAUCAAACUGGCUAUUUAGGUCAACCUCCUUUCAAAGAUUAUUUUUCUAUAGAGACUAAGUAUGGCGGUGAUAAUGAAAUUCCGAAGGGCACUGAAAGUUUAGGAGAACAAGUUUUUCAUAAAAACAAUCAAGGGACAACCGGUUCAAGAACUGACGUGGGACAUAUUGGCGAAAACAAUGAGGUUCACCUGGAUCUUCCUACUUCUCAGGAUCUGAGAACAAAGGAAGAUGUAAACCAGGUCCAGGAUAAAGUGGAAGUGUCACCUGUGGAAGAUACAAUUCCUGUUCAAGAGAAAGAAUUUCCAAGUUCUCAUCAAGAUAGUAUCACAGUUGAUAGUCUAAGUCCUCAUUCUGAUGAAUUUCCAAGUUCUCAUCAAGAUAGUACCACACUUGAUGGUCAAAGUCCUCAUUCUGAUAUAUCAGUUGAAGAAGGUUCUGAUUUGAAAAACAUUGGAAAUGGUUUUACGCAUGCAGAAGCUAGCAAGGAACAUAACAAGGGAGAUGACACUGCACCUAUUUUUCCUGACACAAAGGCAGUUCCUGAAGAAGCUGAGAGUAAAACAACUCCAGUUCAUCAGCUUUCCACAAAUGACAUUCCAGAGGAUAAACUAGGUAAAGAUGCAGAGCCAUCAAGUGCCCUUCUUGAUGCAUAUUUUCUACAGGAAAAGGAUGAAAGAAAACCUGAGAUUUCCUCAAGUGGAGAGGGUUAUGCACCCUUCUCCCCCAAAAAAGAGGCUUCAUUAGGAGUGACUGAUGAUUUGAAGAAUGCUUACAUUUCUGAGGAUGGGAAGUUGGUUCUUGAUUUCUUAGAAGCUAUUCAUGCUGCGGAAAAAACGCAAGCAGAGUUGGAUGCUCGUGUUUUUACUGAAGAAAGGAGGACGUUGAAGGAAAAGUAUGAGAAAGAACUAAAGGAUGCACGGGCUAGGGAGCUUAUGUAUGCCGAAGAGGCAGCGAUAUUGGAUAAGGAGUUAAACAAAGAAAAAGCAAAGAAUCUAGCUAAUAUCAAGUCACUUCAAGAAAAAGCAGAAGAGAAUCUUAAGAUGGAACUGGAACGCAAGGAAAACGAAGUAGAAUUGCAGCUGAAGAAGGUUCAGGAGUUGGCAAAAGCAGAACUGGCUGCAGCUAUUGCAAGUGAGAAAGCAUCACAGAUUGAAAAAAUGGCAGAAGCAAAUCUGAAUAUAAAUGCCUUAUGCAUGGCAUUUUAUGCUCGAUCCGAAGAGGCUCGCCAAACUCACUCUGUUCACAGGCUUGCACUGGGAGCCCUUGCAUUGGAAGAUGCACUAGCUAAAGGAUUGCCAAUUCAGACUGAAAUAAAUGUUUUGCACGCUCAUCUAGAAGGCAUUGAUAAAGACUCACUUCUAGGUUUGGUCCUUUCAUCUCUCCCAGAAGAAACACUGAAGGCUGGAGCAGAUACUCAAUUGCAAUUGAAUGAGAAGUUUGAUUCCUUGAAAGGUUUGCUGCGGCAUUACAGUCUCAUCCCAUCAGGUGGUGGUGGCAUCUUGGCUCAUUCUUUAGCUCAUGUUGCAUCUUGGUUAAAGGUGAAAGAAGAUCAAUCUGGUGAUGGAAUUGAGUCUGUUAUCAGUAGAGUUGAGAGCUUCUUGGCCGAAGGGAAGCUUGCUGAAGCAGCAGAAGCCCUUGAGCAAGGGGUCCAUGACAGCCAAGCAGAGGAAAUUGUUGGUGAUUGGGUGAGACGAGCAAGGAACAGGGCAAUCACCGAGCAAGCACUAUCCCUUCUUCAAUCUUAUGCUACUUCCUUGAGCCUUACAUAUUGAAUUUUGCUUCCCCAAAUUCCUUAAGAAUAGAUUUUGGCCUUUGUAGUAUUCCCACAUCCACAGUUGUACUGAAUCGUUCUGUCUUCCCUUCGAUUCUGGAUGCAGAGGAUAUCAGACUCCUCCCCCUUUCUUGGUUCGAGGGGGGAGGUGAGGUGGGGUUGGGUAGUUGAGCAACUCAGACCUGAGAUUUGACAUGGAAGAGCAAUUCCUCACUCCGACAUUGAGUGCAUUUGUUUAAAUACUAUCAAUAAAAUGUUUAUAUUGACGAAGAAAA